CAUCUCACACACUACUCUUUCCGAAUACAAGUACGAACAUUCUUUUAUUCUCUAUUUGUAUUUUGAAGAAAUCUGAAGAAAUAAACAAUGUCUCUAUUCAAUUUGAAUAUGGCUUUUAUGAUUGUGGCUGCAUUGUUGUUGACCACUGCAAUGGCUCAAUCUCCCGCUUCAUCUCCAAUCAAAUCGAAAUCGCCGAGAAAAGCAAUAUCUCCGUCACCAGCUGCCGUGACUCAACCACCUGCUACUUCUCCCACCAUCGGAGGUUCUUCUCCUGAACAAUCGCCAUCUCCUUCGGCGAUCUCUCCUUCUUCCAUCUCUGGUCCACCAUCUGAAGCACCAGGACCUGCUUCCACAUGUGCCGUUUUGAACAGAGUUUCUGUUGCUGCUGGAUCCGCGCUUGGGAUUUUUGUAGCUGCUUUGAUCUUGUAGAAUUCUUCUUUUUAUAUAUAUAUAUUAUUUAAUUAUUUAAACUUCCAUGUAUUCUUUGAUUUGAUUUAUUUUGUUCUACGGUUAUUAUGAAUGAUACUUACAAACAUGUAAUUUUUAUAUGAUUAUUGAUUGCCUGGAAAUUACAUGGACUGUUGGAUUGGUUA